UGGUCUAAGGAGGCUUGGUUGAGGAAGAUCACAAAACCUCCCGGAUCGUGCUCUAAGAAGUAUCGUCCGGCUGUAGAUCGUCUUCCAGAUUCCGCAUCAAGCUCUUGGCGAUCAACAACACGGUUCCAGGUAUUUCUACAAACCUUUGAU